UAUGGAGGUUUCGUCAAAUCUGCUUGGGGCUUGGCAAAAGGCACGGGAUUGCACGGGCGGGCGAUUAUAUCGAGCGCCGUCUGAUUGGUCCGCACCUAAAGACCUCGGAUACAAUCGUGACGAAGCAUCGCAGACAAUCGACCGAAGAGUGCUGGACGAUCUUCCUCCACCAACACCACCAAACCACCUCCACUCUCUCUCCACUCUUCAAUUCUCGUUUGUUGCAGCAAUGGCCUCCGUGAUGCGCCCCAGCCUUCUCAGGCAGUCCCAAGCCGCACAGCAGCGAGUCUUCUCCACCAUCACCCGCCAAACCACACUCCGACCAUCCAUCGCAGCCGCGCUCCCCAAGCCCACCACUGCCAGCAGGGUCGCCGCCUUCCACGCCACCCAGCGCAAGGCUAUUCUUCCCGCUCUUCCCCAGAAGAUCAAGGGUACUCUGAACGAACCCACGGCCGUCCCGGACCCAGCACCCGCCCAUGGCAGCUACCACUGGAGCUUUGAGCGCGUCGUAUCGGCCGGUCUGAUCCCAUUGACAAUUGCACCAUUCGCAGCUGGCAGCUUGAACCCGGUCAUGGAUUCGGUCUUGUGCGCUUUACUCGUUGUACACUCGCAUAUUGGCUUUGAAGCCUGCAUCAUAGACUACUUCCCCCGCCGCCGUGUCCCAAACCUCUAUAACGCCUCUAUGUGGGCCCUCCGUAUCGGCACCGUCACCCUCGGCAUCGCCCUGUACUCGUUCGAGACAAAUGACGUUGGCAUCACUGAGCUGGUUUCUAAGCUGUGGAGUGCUUAG